ACCUACAGGAACACAAGGCUCCCUGUUCUCGCAGGAGGACGCCGUCAUGCUGCAGCGGCGGCUGGAUGAGAUGAACCAGCGAUGGCACCAUCUCAAGGCCAAGAGUAUGGCUAUCAGGAACCGGCUGGAGAGCAACGCUGAGCACUGGUCCGCGUUACUGCUGUCUCUGCGCGAGCUGACCGAGUGGGUGAUCCGCAAGGAGACGGAGCUGGGUGCGCUUGCGCCGCCGCGCGGGGAUCUGGCGCAGGUCCUUAAACAACAGGACGACCACCGCGCGUUCCGAAGGCAGCUGGAAGACAAGCGACCAGUCGUUGAGAGCAACCUGCUCAGCGGCAGGCAGUACAUCGCCAACGAGCCUCCUCUCUCUGAUACCAGUGACACUGAACCGAGCCGCGACAGCGAAGGUGACUCACGCAACUACCGCUCGGCCGAAGAGCAAGCGCGCGACCUGGCUCGCUCGAUCCGACGGGAAGUAGCUAAGUUGGAGAGCAAGUGGAACUCGCUCGUGGAUCGCAGCGACGCAUGGGGGCGGUGUUUGGACGACGCUGUACAGCGCGUCCGCACCUUCACAUCAUCCCUCGACGAGCUAACCGGGCGCGUGCAGGCCGCCGAGACCGCGCGCUCGUCAUGGCGCGGGCCCGGCGACGCGCGCGACGCACGCGCGCAACUCGACGCGGUGUCGCGUGCGCGCGCGCAGCUCCCCCCGCUGCGGAGGCUGGCGGACGAGCUGCAAGGGCAGUUGCAGGCGCUCGCAAGAGACAAGAUCCAGAUACCGGAGCAGCUGGUCGCUAGGCUCGACGAUUUAAAUACCAGGGUCGGCGCUCUAUGCGCCGGCGGCGAAGAGCGAGCGAGACAGCUAGCCGGUGUGGCAAGAGAUGGAGGAGCGGGCGCGGCGCAGGGCUUCCUCGCCGGCUCGGUGGAGCAGCCCUGGGAGCGCGCCGUUACUCCCAACAACGUACCUUAUUACAUAAACCACGAACUGGAGACGACCCACUGGGACCACCCGAAGAUGAUCGACCUGAUGAACUCCCUCGCGGACCUGAACGAGGUCCGGUUCUCCGCGUACCGGACCGCGCUCAAGCUGAGGACCGUGCAGAAGGCAUUGUGCAUGCACAUGUUACAACUGCCAGCUGCACUAGAAGCUUUUGACUCUCACGGGCUGCGCGCGCAAAACGACCGCCUCAUCGAUAUACCAGACAUGAUCACUGUGCUCACAUCUCUGUACGAGGUGAUAGCCGCCGAAAACCCCAGUCUAGUAAACGUGCCCCUCUGCCUAGACCUUUCCAUCAACUGGUUGCUCAACGUGUACGACAGCCAGCGGACCGGACAAAUCAGAGUGCUGAGCUUCAAAGUUGGCCUCGUGUUGCUCUGCAAGGGCCAUCUUGAGGAGAAAUAUAGGUAUCUCUUCCGGUUGAUAGCUGACCCAUCAUGCAGAGCAGACCAGAGAAAGCUUGGAUUACUACUGCACGACUGCAUACAGGUACCAAGGCAACUGGGAGAAGUGGCUGCCUUCGGAGGCUCAAACAUCGAGCCUUCCGUACGAAGCUGCUUCGAACAGGCCUCGGCAGCGGCUAAGGAAGGAAACAAAGGCGGCACCCUAGAUAGGAAGGGAGCAUCAGAAAAAGACAAAGAAAAAGAGGACGUCAAAGAGAAGACCCUAGAGCGAGACGCCGACGGGCAGCUGCAGUUCAUCGAGGCGUUCCACUUCCUGCAGUGGCUGCAGAAAGAGCCGCAGUCCAUGGUGUGGCUGCCGGUGCUGCAUCGGCUGGCGGCCGCAGAGAACGCCAAGCAUCAGGCCAAGUGCAACAUCUGCAAGGAGUACCCUAUCCAGGGCUUCAGAUAUCGUUGCUUGAAAUGCUUUAACUUCGACAUGUGCCAGAAGUGCUUCUUCAGCGGGCGCAAGGCCAAGAACCACAAGCUCACGCAUCCCAUGCAGGAGUACUGUACGGCGACGACAUCAGGCGAGGACGUGCGAGAUUUCACGCGCGCACUCCGCAACAAGUUCAAGUCUGCUCGCUACUUCAAGAAGCACCCGCGGGUUGGAUACUUGCCCGUACAGACUGUGCUUGAAGGCGACGCGUUGGAAUCACCCGCGCCAUCGCCGCAGCACGGAGCCGGUGCCAACCUCGGCGGCGACGACAUGCACUCGAGACUCGAACUAUACGCCACACGACUGGCUCAGGUCGAGCUGGGUUCGAGACCUGCUGAUACUCCUGACAGCGAUGAAGAACACCAGCUGAUCGCCCAGUACUGUCACUCGCUGAACGGCGGUGGCGAGAACGAAGACGCUCCACGGUCACCCGUGCAGGUCGUCUCCAUCAUACAUCGCGAGCAGCGACACGAACUAGAGGCCAUGAUCAGGGAGCUGGAAGAAGAAAACGCGAGCCUGCAGGCGGAGUACGAGCGGCUGAAGGCCAAGCAGACCCCAGGGUCCACGCCGGAAGAGCAGCACGGUGUUAGCGACAACAGGAAUGCUCCGGUCGAUCAGGACAUGAUGGCAGAAGCCCGCCUGCUCCGCCAACACAAGGGCCGUUUGGAAGCCCGCAUGCAGAUCCUCGAGGAGCACAACCGGCAGCUAGAAGCGCAGCUGCAGCGUCUACGCCGUCUGCUCGAUGAGCCGUCGUCGGGGUCCCCGCCGGCGCGCACGGGCACGCUGCAGACGCGCUCCGUGACGGCCUCGCAGCUCGCCACCGACUCGCCCGCCAAGAUGCACAACGGCCUCUACCACGACUCGCAGACUAAUGGCCGCUGGGCGGGCGCUAGCGCGGGAGAGGGCCGCGAGGCGCUGGAGCGGCCACCGCCGCCGCCGCACAACGUGCACUCGCUCAUGCAUUGCGCAGAUGACCUUGGGCGCGCCGUCGAAGAACUAGUAUCUGUCAUGUCAGAGGAGCAGACAGAGAGCACUGCACCUCCCCAAUACUCCAACGGCAAACCUCCCAAAGAGAAAUAAGGGACACGACCCGCGCAAAUAAGGGACACGGACCGCGCUCCGAGUUGCCAGCGUUAAAAAAUAUUCAGGUGGCCAGGUUCACCGCUUUAUUCCGCUCUGGUAACACUGUUGUAAAAAUACUUGCUGCAAUGGUAAUGCUUAUAUUUCUGUAUGUUCACCAAUUUUUUUGCAUUGACGCGCGAUUUAUUUUGGACGUGAAAUUUACGCGCUCUAGCUUAGUUUGAAGGUGAAGGAGAGGUGGAAGGUACCUAUUACUAAUUUUCGACUCAUCACUAACCUGCGCAUGCUGUUAUAUUGUACUUUAUGUAAGUGUCUAACAUUCCAUUGUCAUCUACUAAUAGCGAUCGAACGGGACUUCAUAAAAUUC